AUGGCGAGAGCGGCGACUCUGGAGGAGAGCAUCGCUGACCUGGUGCUGGCCGAGCUCGGAAUUGUCGAUGCUGCCGAUGCCAAUCCGCAAAGUCUGGCGCCGGCGCUGAACCCGGCGGCAUCGGAGCGGGAGGGCUCUCUGCUCGACCGGCCAGAGGAGCAGCAGCGAGUGGCGCGGUGUUGCCUGGCCUGCCUGCGCGACUCGGGUGGUGCCGUCUUCGCCGAGGUCGGCGACGUCACGUGCAGCCUGCUGCAGGAGUUGUGGAGCGGCCUGGGCGUCAUCGCUCAGCUGGACGUGCGCCUCGCGAGCAGCGACAGAGGCGGCGAGCCUUCGGCGGUGUGCGGCGUGGUUGUCAAGCAGGUCUGGGCGCCGGCGGAGCCCGCCGGGACCGAGGCCUCGCGCGACUUCGCCUCGUACCUCUCGGGGGCCAGCUUCUACGAGCAGGGCCACGCCGAGGCCCUGCGCAGGGCGGGGGCGGCGUGCCCCCGGGCCCUGCUGGUGGAGCGCCUCGGGGAGGGCCGCCGCCUCAACCUCUGCCUCCGGGGCGGCACCCGGGCGCGGCCGCGCGGGCCUGCGGCGGGGCGGAGGUGCGCGCGGCCCUGUCCUGGCUCGCGCGCCUGCACGCGCUGCACUGGGGCGCCCCGCGCGCCGACCGCGCCGUGCGCGCGGGCCUGCAGCCCCGGGGCUGCUUCUGGCACCUGGGCGCCCGGCGCGGGGAGCUGCGGCGCACGCGGCGGGAUGGCCUCGAGGGGCGCCUGCGCCUGGCCGCGGAGGCGCUGGACGUGCGGCUGCAGGCGGACGCGCUGCAGACGGUCUGCCACGGAGACGCGAAGGCGUCUAACACGUGCUCUUCGACUCAGACGGGUCGGUAGCUUUCUGCGACUUCCAGUGGACAGGCAAGGCGCCAGCUUCGAAAGACGUUGCCUACUGCAUCUGCUGCGCAGCGGGUGA